UGCAGAGCCUCAGCCUCCAUACAUGGCUGGCCUGAUGAGCUGACCGGUCUGCUCUGCAACCUCCUGCUGUGUGUCGUGUCCCUGGGCUCCGCUGUCCAAACCUUCCAGAUCAAUCGAGGGACCUCUGCCGGGUUUCUCCUCCAGGCCCUCGUGCCCCUCCUGGAUACGGCCACCCACCUCACUGCCCCGCCAGGGCUCGGUUUGGAGGGUGCCUGCCACAGCCCAGACAACGCCUGGGUCUCCACGGUGGUGGGGCUUCCCCUGUUAGCCUGCUUCCACUGGCUGAAUGGGGACCGUCCCACGGCGAACGCCCUCUUGGGGGGCGCACUGGCUCUCCUGCUGGCUGGCGGGUCGGGCUACUUCUCCGAGGAAGGCAAGGCCAUGGCGGCCCACUCGGUCACCUCGGUGGUCUCCAUCAGCAUCCUCAUUGCUUCCAUCUUCACCGGAAACGCCUGGGGGAUUGCGGGCAGCCUCUUGGUGGGCACGGCUGGGGCGCUGGCAGGGACCCAGCUGCGGCGGCUGCUGGUGCUCCGGAAAGGGGACGCUGUCUGCUGCCUCAUGGCGGUGGCCAACCUGGCUUGGCGGCGGGCUCUGCAAGCGCUCCACCGAGAACUGGACUGAGGGGGGUCUGGCGGGCGGUGGGGCCAUCGCAGCAUCAGGUGAGGCAGAGGAAAGGCUGGCCACGGUCUGUUGGGUGCCGCAAAGAGGCUUGGGAAAUGGCCUCCAGGAAACUCUUCGGGGAGCCUACGACUCUGGAAAGGGCGCUGCCCAUGCCUGCAGCGUUGCAAGGGACUCUGGGGGCUGCCCAUCACAGGCAGGCAGCAUCUUCCUUCGCAGAGCUUGCUGGGUUUAGUGGCGGAGCCCCCAGAGAAGCCUGACACUGAGCUGGCCGAGAUGUGCAAGGACUGCUGCUUCCUUGCAGUGUGGGAGGCACCACCUCGCCCUGCGAAUGUCGGAAAUCCCACUCCUGACACCAAAGAUCCCCGCCGGUUUCCUUUGCCCGGUCCCUCGGCGCUUUUCUUGGUGCACUGGUCAGGAAGCCAGGCUGAUUGUGAACGGGUGGAAGUUGUUAACUCAAGAUUUCGUUGCAGCAACUUGCAAAGGUGCUAGCUGUGUCACAGCUGUGAAACCAACAGGCUACUGGUUAAAAGGGCUUGCAUGACUCUUGUUAGCCAAGGCCUGUAGCCUGCCCAGAACUGACCGGCCAGGCAGAAAAAGCCAGACAUUCCCUUCACAGGUCCAUCAA